AUCGUAUGAUAUUUGUUUGUUAAUACCCUCUUGAUCUUAGUAUGUUAAUAUCAUGGUUUUGUUGUAUGACCUCAUAUUUAAGCCUGUACAGGUUUACUAUAGCUGCAUGCGCAAGAAGCUGGUGGUGGGUCACCAAGUACGGUUCUGUUCUUGAAUCAUCCGCCAGUGCAGUUCAGUUUCUGCCAUUUGGAACAACGAUAACCUGGCGCGAAGCUACCGGUGGCAUAGCCAUUAGUGCUAAACGUCCAUGGCUCAUUUUGGGAGAUCCAAUGUUUCACUCCAUCACCAAGUUCCCUGAAGCAAAGCUCCGCAUGGUCUCGAAGAUCAUUCCCGAUGGACUCAAGAAACCACCACAUUCAUCUUCUAAAGCUUGGGGAACAUCCCAAUGGAAGAUGGUCACAAAUGCCUAGAUGCCUGAAAAUUCAUUUACAUAUAAUUAACUCCCAUAAACACAUGAUUUACAU